GCCGUACUUUACAGCAAGUCCUCGCGGAAGUACUGACGUGUUCACAUUAGCCGAACCAGCACGAGAGGUAGUUAGGUAGAGCCGAGAGUGACACAGCGGCAGAAUCAGACAGGAUGUCAGAAGGGGACAGUGUUGGUGAAUCAAUCCAUGGGAAACCAUCCACAAUCGGCAGCUUCUUCACACGGGUUGGACAGAUUUAUCAGUCAUGGCUAGACAGGUCGACGCCGUUCUCCAUAGGGCGAUGGGGAGUCACACUUUCGCUAACGGCCAUCUACAUGAUCAGAGUGUACAUAUUACAGGGUUGGUAUAUUGUAACAUAUGCUCUGGGAAUUUACCAUCUCAACCUGUUCAUCGCUUUUCUAUCACCAAAAGUGGAUCCAUCAAUGCUUGACGAAGAUGAGGGCCCGGCGCUCCCCACCAAGCAGAAUGAGGAGUUCCGUCCAUUCAUCAGGAGGUUGCCUGAAUUCAAAUUCUGGCAUUCGGCAACGAAAGGCAUCGUCAUCGCCAUGAUUUGCACAUUCUUUGAAGCCUUCAACGUGCCAGUGUUCUGGCCCAUACUUGUAAUGUACUUCAUCAUGCUUUUCUGUAUCACCAUGAAGAGGCAGAUCAAGCAUAUGGUCAAGUACAGAUACCUCCCCUUCACACACGGGAAGAGGACUUACAGAGGCAAGGAAGAAACCGGGAAACCUUUUGCUAGUUAAAAUCAAACAUUCCCCCUUAACCCCCCCGCCCCCAUUUGAAAAUUACAAGUUAUGGAAAAAUAGUAUAUGUGGGUAAAAGGGGUCAGUGAUUGUCUGUGGGGGGAAAAAAAUAAAAAAAAGAUAAAAAAAUAGUUUGGAUUCAAAAUGUUGACAGUAUUGGAUGGUAGUAGUGCUGAGGAUUGAUGUAGUCACAAGAGGACACGCUGCCUAUGGUUAUUAUGGGGAUGGGGAUAUGAGAUGGCCAGUCAUAUCACAGCCGCGGGAUACCUUUGUAUUUGGUCAGUGGAUGAAACGCAGUGCCGCCCUUUGCCUUGUAACCCCAUGGGUUAAGUAUAAACUCUGCUAGAGGGGGCAGCACUGGAUGGAUUGCAGUAGAAAUUCAGUUGUGGAUUCUUAACGACGAUCCAUUUCUAACUGCUCUGCUCGGCUCUGUCUCCAAGGGAAAUACAAUUUUGCCAACUACUUUUGAUUAAAGACAUGGUACCUACUCGUUUAUAAUGUGUAAAAUGGGAGGUCCUUAGGUUUUAGAAUGAAAUAACUUGAUUAGAUGUACUUUUUUUUGGGGGGGGAGUAAAUAUGAACGUUUUAAAUUGAUGUGUGUCUGUGAUCAAGUGUAUUUUUGCACUGGCUUUAGACUCACACCAGAAAUUUUCCUUUGUGUAAUGCAGUUCAUUUUUAGUGACUGGUUACGCUUCAGUUGAACACAUUCACUACAUACAACACCUAUCAUAACUAUUCAGAACCAUAGUCCAACAAUCUGUUGAUGGCACAAGCAGUGAUUUAGGUAUAGGAGAUUGGCUAGAUAACAAGUUAGCGAAGAGUGAAAAUCACUGCAUGGCCAGGACAGAGUUGGUGUACUCUCCAGAGAAUAUCAUCAUGGAGGAUUAUGAAAUGUCAUGUUUUUUACAACAUUAUGUACGGUGAGGUUUAGGAAAGCCCAGUUCAAGUUGUGUGGCUGAUUAUUUUAAUUUGUUCCUGUUUUGCCCUCCGUAGCCAUAGAAUCCCUUUUGUGUUUAUUCCCUCUGCUUUCCCAUCAUGUCAAAAUACGCUUUGCUUGUACAGUUGAAGUGAAAUAUAAUACUGUCAUUCAGCACUCCUGGAAACUAAAUGACAGAGAUUACUUUACGUCUAGCUAUGGGCAAGCGAAUCAAGUAGUUCAACCUCAGAUUUAUGCUUUGCGGCCCCUGUGAAUAUAAUUUUUGGGGUUCAAAUUUCUUAAAAUGUACAUCAUAGUAUCAUACCCGUAUUCUAAUGAUUAUUUCCUUACAAAAAAGUUAUCUCCUGAAAGACCCUAUAGUUUGAACAAGCAGUUUAGCCAACUAUUUAAAAACUGGGGUAUAUUCCAUUCAAAUCUAGUAGCCUGAUACUCACAUUCUGUAUUUUUCUUUUGACAAAUAUGUGGUAAUAGUCUAAUCAUUCCAUACAAAAAUAUUUUCUCUUUCUCUUCUUUUGCAGAGGAAACAUAAGAAAAGUGAGAUUGAGAGCUUUUAAUGUAACAAAUGGAUGAAGGGGGUAUGCCGGGGAUCUUAUGAAAAGUAUGCGGUGGUAUUUUUGGUAACCAGAGACAUUUUGGAAAACCUUUGAUCAGCACUAGUGAAGGAUCAAAACAUUUUUCCUGUCAAAGUACAUCAUUUUUCCAAGGGUUUCUUGAGGAUUUAUAUCAAUUUUAAAGAUUACAUUUGUUUUGAGAUUAUUUUGAACAUUCUUUUUUUUUCUUCAAACAUAACUGUUUCCAAGUGUUCAAGUCAUUGUAUGUCAUUUUAGAAAACUAAACUAGUCAAAUUGAUUUCUAGAUUUAUAAACUUUCUCAUGAAAGAGAUUGCAUGUUCUUGGUUGCUCUUGUGCUGCAAUUAUAAACAAAAAAAAUGA